AUGGUUCAUCAAAUUCCUUAAAUUAUUAACAAAGUAGUGAAUUUGAUAUUUAAAAAAUUCCAUAGUAGACUCUUGAUACAAUAGAAAAAAUGUAAUAAUUGCGUAAGCGCACGAAAUAAUUCAUCGGGAUAUUUGUUAGGGAAUACGAGUAUUUAAGCUAAUGAAAAAUAAAUAACUUAAGGAAUAUAAUCUUAAAGAAAUUCAUCAUUAAAUAUACAAACAAAUUAAAAUGAAAAUAACAAAAAUGGUGAUGAAAUAAAAUAGCCACACAAAAGAAAUAAGCCACUUUCGAUUGAUUUUAAUGCAAUAUAUAAAGUUAAUUAAGAUAAAAUACUCCCUGAACUGCAAGAAACAAAAACUAUUAUGAUUGAUUAUUCAAAUUUUAGAGGUUCUACAUCUACUAAAAACUUAAGAGAUAAAAAAGCUAUUGAUUUCUAAAAAAAUCAAUCUCUUUUAAACCUGCCUGAGAUAUAAUCUCUACCCAAAAAUUUAGUUAAAAAUUACUAAAUCUCUUCGUUAUUAAGGAAAGUUGGAGAGCAGUAAUAAGAAUUUUAUAUAAAUUCUCCUUAAUAUAUGUCUCGAUAAUCGAGUAGAUAUCAAUCUUACACUAGUUCUUUCUUUCCUUCUAAGAAAAAGAAGGAGAAAAUUGACAUAUCAUUCUUAAGAGUGGACUUCUUUCAGUCUGAUGAUGCAUAUUUAAUUAAACUUCCUAAAAUUUAAUUAAUUUAAAUAUCCAGUUUGGAAAGCUUUGAUGAAUAUCAAGUUUUUGAUGAAGAUCCAAUCAAAAUAUUAUAAAAGGAGAAUGUUAGAGCUCAUUCUAAAUGGUCAGAUCUCAAUGGAAAUUUUGAAUGGCUAGAAUGUCAAGUUAAAUCGUAUAAUCCAGAAACAAAAAAAUUUGUCAUUAGAUGGAUAAGGAAUCAUUAAGAAAAGGAAGUUUCUAGAUUAAAUUUAAUUUUCGAAAAUGAAAGUAUUGAAUAAGGGGAGAUGAGGUAUAAAAAAGCUAAGGAAAAGAGAGAUUAGUUAAUACAUAUACUUUAGAUGAGGUAAUCAACUGAAAACUAAGAUGGGCCAAUGUUACAAUAUUAAAAAGAUGUUAUGAAAAGAAUAUUUGAUAAAAUAUUCACAUUUGAAAGAAUGAGGGGAUACAUUCAAAAAUAUGAAAGUGAAAUAAUUAACGAAAUACUUUAUGAAUAUAAAUUCAAUCUGAUAAAAUUUAUAUAUGAUAUUAGCAAAAUUCAAAGUAUAGAAGAAUACUAUCAGAUUAAUUUUCCUCAAAGAGAAAUCGCCAUUAAAUACAUACGCUAGAUUUUAAUAGAUAAGCAAAUAGAAUGUUUGAAUUUGAGUUCGGAAGAAUACAAAAGUAUUAUGAAUAAAUUAGAUAAAAAUUCAAUAGCUAUCAAAUAUGUUACAAAAACACAAAUUUAAAAAAGAGUUAAAAUAUUUGAAGAUUAAAACUAAACUUAAGAAGAAAACUAAGAGAAUGAUAAAAAAGAAUUAUAAAGUGGUAGUGCUACACCAUAAACCCCAAAAAAAUAAAAUGUUGGUUUCAUAACUUCUACUGAAUAAUAUAAAUCCUCCAUACUUUAAGGAGGAAAGCAAAAUUUAAAAGAAAUCACUAGGUAUAUUGUUGUAAAAGAAAUUAAGUUUAACCAUGAAGCCUCUAAUAUAUCUUAUAUUGAUUAUUUACAAUAAUUAUUAAAAAAUGAUAUGGUUUUAUCUAUUGAUAAAAAGUACGAUGUUGUGAGAAUAGUGCUUCCUAUGGUUGUUAGGUUUAUUAAGCAUAUUAGUGAUCAUAGAAUUUUUAAAUUUAUUUAAAACACAAAAAACUGUUAUAAAGAUGAUGCUUUAAUUGAAUUUAAAAAUAUGUAAGCUGAUGUCUCAAAAUAAAUAAAAAAAAUAAUUAGAGUUUUAGAUAAAAUAUAAUAAGCUGUUGAAGAAAUGAAUUUAGAUAAUAGAAAAUAAUACUAUAUAUAAUAUAUUGACCACAGAUAAGCUGAUGAACAAAAAGAAAAGGUCCUUGAAAGAGUAGUAAGCAUAGUUAAUUCCUUAGUUUAUAGCAAUUUAAAUUUAACAGUAGAGUAAUCAUUCAUGACUUUACUCUAAAAUAUGGAGACAUAUUAUAGUAUCCUUCCUUUUGAAACUAUUAAUGAACAUGUUUUAAAAGCAUUUUAUCCUUAAUUUUAUGAAAAACGAAUUUAAUAAAGAAUAAAGCUUCGAAUUUUGGAAAAUCAAAGAAAUUCAGAAGUAUAGGAUUAAGAUAAAAGAAAUUUGCCAAUUAAAUCAUUAUAAUCGAUUGCAAACCAAGAUUAGUUUAAUUAGUAAAAUGAAAGCGAUAAAUUUAGCAGAAAAAGUUUUAAAAAGUCUUAUAGACUUAUAGAGGCAGAUGAAAAUAAUUAAAAUAAAUCUCUAAAAAAUAUACAGUCUUAUCGAUUUACAAGUAGGACAACUCACCAAUUAUUUUUGGAUGAAGAUAAUGAUCUUUUAUGCAAUGGUAGUAAAGAAAACUACUUGAUGAGAGAUUCUAAAAUUAUAUUUUAUUUAUAUCAAUCAUUGAUGGACAUUCUAUUAACAGAUUAUAAUCUUCACAUAAAAUAUCUUGAUUUAAAUAAGCUAAAAUUAAAACCAAUCUUUACUUUUAGAGUUAAAAUUUUAUCUGAAAAGAUAUCUGCUGAAAAAAAAAUUAUUCACAAUAUAAAAAAGAACAUUUAAAUAAAUAAAGCAGACAAUAAGCAAUAAUUUGAGAACAUAUUGGAUAUAUAGAGAGGUAAGCUUUAUGAAUAUAAAAUAUUGCAAAUGAGGGAUAUUUUUGAUGAAUGUGCUAAAAGAAAUUUUAGUGAAUAUGAUUUAUCUGAUUUAUAAAAUAUAGAUAAAAAAGGAAUAAUCUAUAAAAGACUUGGUUGGUUUAACUUAAGUGAAUUUUUGUUUUAAACUGAACCAUCACUAGAAACUUUUGAAAGCGAAUUUAAAUAGAUCUUUUAAUUGGGAAUAAGUUAAAUAUAACAGCUGAAACUAAUUUAAAAAGAGGAAACUAUUUACGAAAAUGAAAAAGAAAAAAUCCCUAACUACUUUAAUUAAAAAGAUCUUUAAUCUUACUACAUAAAAUACGUUAAUAACAUUGAAGAAUUUUUGAUUUGGUCAGUUUAUGGAAUACAUUCUUUUAUGGCUAUUCUUUUAAAAUUUGAAUUCUAUUUUUUAUUUUCAUAAAAAUUUGAACCUUAUUUACAAAAUGAGCUCAAUCAAAAUUCACUCACAAACUUUUUUGAGGAAAUCGAAAGGAUGUAAAGAGAUAGGGAUUUUGCUAAAAUUAACAUACCUAAUUAUGUCAAUUUAGGAGUUAUUUUACUAGAUGUGUAAAAGUUCAAAGUAGAUUUAAUUGCAGAAAUUGAAUAAAAAAUAAAGAUUGCUAAGGUACUUCUUUAGUAAAAAUGUGAAGAUACGAUAAAUUUAAUAGAUAAAUUAAAUGAGGAAAUGCACAAAACAUUAGAUGUUGAUCCAGUAUCUAUAUCAGAGUUUAUAACUAUGAACAUUUAUUUGCAAGGAGAAAAUAUUUAAAGGCAUUUCUUAAAGUUUGAAGAGAGUAUGGACAUUAUAAAUGUUAUAGUUGAAAAGUUAGAGAAGGAAGAGAUUGAAAUAAGUUCAUAUAUAGGAUAAAAGCUAAUGCUUCCUUCAAUGCUUAAAGCAUUGUAUGAUUUAAAGAGUAAAAAAGAACAAAAGUAAAAAGAAAUGAAAAUAAAGUUUUAGAAAAUGCAUUCAGAUAAGAAAAAUGCUAUAUCCUAAGAAAUAGAUUAAAUAGAAAUAGAAAUAUUUGAAUUCAAGAAAUUAAAUGAUAUUUCUAAUUCAUUUAAUAAUGCAUUGCAUGUAGAUACCAUAAAAUCUAGACUUGAAUUGUUGGCUCAAAAGGUAGAUGAUGUAGAGUAUGAAUAGAACCACUUUUAAAUUGUUGAUGAAGAACCUCUGCCAAUUUAGGAUAUAAUCUAAGAUUUCGAUUAUUAUUAUAAGCUCUGGAAGUUCUCUAGUGAUUGGAAAUAUAAAAAAGAAAACUGGCUCAGUAAACCUUUAGUUUUUCAUACAUAAAAUUCUUUAAAUUAAAAUGAUAUGAAAGAGAUAGCUUAAACACUUGAGUAAGGAAUGAUAGUACUAAAAGAAGUAGGAGAUUAUUUUGAAAAAUACAAUAAUGAUCUGUUAUAAGUAUGUGACGAUUUAGAAAAUUAAAUUUCUGAAUUUGAAAAUGUAUUAGAUCUUCUGAAUCAAGUUAGAGAUGAAGCAUUUAAAAUUGAGCAUUGGAUUAAAAUCUUUGAGGUUAUGUACCCCGAUAAUGAAGCUAAAAAAUAAUAAAUUAGACAACAAGGUUUGAAUAAUUAACUAACUUUAGAUAUUCUUUUAAAGGAUGACAUUCUUGGCAGUUUAGCUUAUGUAGAAAAGAUUUCAGGAUAAGCAAGAAAAGAACAUUAAGUUCAUUAGAGCAUAUUGAAUAUGGAAAAUGAACUCAAAGAUAUUAAAUUUAUCAUUGUAGACUAUCAUGGUAUUUUAAUGAUUAAAGAUAUUGAGAAAAUAGUAUCACUUUUAAGGUCAUAGUUUUUUUAGAUUGAAGAUAUGAUUAAGAAUAAAAACUAUCACAAAGAAGACUUUGCAAUUAAGUUAAGUGAUCUUGAAUAUGUAAUUAAAAACAGUAGAAAAACUAUUAAAGACAUAUCUACAAUUUAAAAUAUGCUAAUAUAGUACUAUCCUAUAUUUAAGUUUAAAAAAAAUUUAAACUACCUAAAAGAGUUUAACCUUUUGUUCAAUAGAUCAAAGGAUUCAUUAAUACCUAUAGUAGAAGAACUCUCAAGGAGAGGAAUGAGCUAUUUUAUCAACAUUUUCAUUAAAAAUGAAGAUGAUAAAAUUUAUUAAGAAUAAUUUAAAUAAAAAUUCAAAGCAAUCAUAUAAAUGCUAGAGAAAAUUGGUAAUAAUAUUUAGCUUGUCAUAAAGCAUGUUCGUUCUAGUAACAGUCGCUACUUUUUUAUGAGCAAUCAUUAAAUUUUGCACUUGUGUUCUUUGGUACUCUCUCCACUUGAAUUUAUGAGAUUUCUUACUCAAGUUUUUCCUGGAAUAAUUGAUUUUAAAAUAGCAAUUUCAAAAGAAAAUGAAAAAGGAUUAGGAGAAGAGUAUAAAAUAACAUCUAUUAUAAAUGAAUAUAAGGAAGAAAUUAAAUUAGAUAAAUACAAAAUACUUCAUUCAUUGCAAGAAUGGGAUGACCCUCCAACUUUUACAGUGAUUAGGGAAGUAGAACUUUUUUAAAUGAAAUAUAUAAAACAGCAAAUUUCAUAAUUCUUUAUUCCUAUGAUAUCUAAUUCUUAUAACUAUACUGUUCUUUGGAAUUUAAUAUCUUCGAAGCAAACUAUUUUUUAAGUUCUUUUUGUUAUAAAUGAUAUCAUAUUCUAUCAUGAUCUAUCUAUGAUUAUUUAUUUGCAGACAGAGCCAAGCAAAGAUACAAUCUAAAAUUUAAUUGUCUUAAGAGAUACAAUUUAAAAUCAGCUCAAAAUUUUAGUCUAAAGUGUAAUUAUAUCUAUGAAGCAAGGUAUUAUCAAAGAAUAAUUCACCUAAGCAUAGUAGUUUAUCCUUUAAAUAAGAUAUCAUCUAGACAUUAUUAACUAUUUUCUAGAAAAUUAAGUUUUUACUAUCGAUCAGUUCGAAUAUCUUAUUUUACCAAAAAUAACAUUAGAUAUGCCAAAAGGAUUAGUAAAAACAAAUAUAGGUGAUAUAAUGAAGAAGACUAAAGAAAAUGUUAUAUAUUAGAUUAGCACCUAUGAAAAUAUAAGCGAAAUGCCUCCUAUCUCUAAAUCAAGUGACUAUUUAUAGGAAUUUUAGGGAAAAGAAUAUAAUAUUUCUAUGAUAUCUUUAAAUUAUAAAAUGAAUUACUAAUAUGAAAUUAUUCCCAUCCUUUAGGGAUAUGUGUUUACACCAUGCACAAAUAGGAUAUUUGUUAAAAUAGCAUCUGCCUUUUGUAGUUAGCUUGGAUCACUUUUAGUAGGAUCUGAAGCUUCAGGUAAGCUUGAAUGUGUUAAAGCUUUGUGCUUUUAUUUAGCAAAGCCUCUCUUUAUUUGGGAAUUUGAUAGCAGUCAAAAGUAAGACAGUGUUAAUUAAAUUUUAACUGGUGUUUCAUCAGGAGGGUACUGGCUAUACAUUAAAAACUUAUAAAAUUGCUCUUCUGGAAUUUUAAGCACAUUAGCUCAAAUAGUUUUUCUCAUCAGAAAAUCAUUAGUGACUGGUUAAAAGAGCUUUUAAUUGAUAAAUUAGAGCUAUGUUAUAUAAGAUAAUUGUUGCAUACUAGGAGGAUUUAACAUAAGAUAAGACACCCUAUUAAAUUAAAUAAAAUUUGAGGAAUUGCCAAAGGGUAUUUUAGAAAAUUUUAGAUGUAUAAAUGUAAUUUAACCAAGCCAUGAAAUUAUUAUCAAAUAAUACUUUUUAUUAUUGGGAUUUGAUGAUAUAGAAAGAAAUGUUUAUAAGAUGCAACUAUUUUUAGAAUACAUCUCGACAUAUUAUAACAGCUAAAUACUAUCAGUUAAGGGUAAUAUAGAUAAGGAAGAUAUUAGCAAAUUGAGAGUAUACAAUAAUUUUUCAAUAAAUUAAAUUGUAAAUCUGAAGAGUCUAAUGCUGAUACUGAGAUACAGUUAAGAUCUGUUCACUCAAAAGAGAGGAGAUGUUUUCUCAGACCCUACGAGCAUCCUACAAUCUGCUAUUGAGAAUUACUUUAAGUGCUCACUCACAGAAGAUUAAUUUAAAGUCGUUAUGUAAUCAUUCAAAAGAAUAUUUGAUAAUAGCAAAGAAGAUUUUUCCUAUAAAGCUUUGUUUUCAAAAGCAUAUGAGUCUACUUAAGAAAAAAUAAAUUAAUGGCUGAAUGAAAGAAAUGUUAAAAUUAAUGAUAGAAUAAACGAAUAUAUUUAAAUAAUGUUACCUUUAAGUAUUCAUAAUCAAAGAUUCUUAUUGUAUGGGCAACCGGGAAAACAAAAAAGCUUCUUAAUAAAGCUUUUGGCAUUUAUCAGUUCAAGAUAUUAAAGAAAAAACUUUUUUUUGAACUGGAUCAAAGUAGAUGGUGUUAAGGAAAACAAGUUGAUUGGUGGUUAUGAUGAUAAUGGAUAAUGGAGUGAUGGUAUCUUAAUUUAAAUGAUGAAUGCAAUAAGAAAUUAUGAAUCUGCUGAAAAUUAAGAUUUUAGAGAUAUCAUGAAUUUUGAGAGACAUUUUUGUUCAUAAUUGGCAGACCAAUUUGGCAAGAAUCCUAUGUCAUAAGUUAAAUAAAAAAAGGCAUAAGUAGAAAUAAAAAGAAAUUUUAAAAAGAGAGGGACUUAUACAAGCUAAAACUCUUUGACAAAAAAAACGACAUCCUAUACAGAUAUAAAAUCAGAUGAAAAAAAACCUACUCUUACAGAUAUAUAAGAUGUAAAGUCAAACACGGGUAGCAGUUUAUCUAAUAUACAGAAAUCUUAAGUAGGGUCUAUAGUAGUGGAUGAAAGUAAAAAAACUCAUACUAGUUUAAUUAAUGAAAGUGAGGUUAUAAAAGAAGAAGUUGAGAACGAGGUUGAGGAUAAAGAGGUGACAGAAGUUACACUUAAUGAUUGGUUUAUUUUAGAUAUAUCGUCUUCUAUGAAUGAAAAGCCUUUUGUGCACACUGUUGAUAAACUAUUAAAAGGUAUACAUACUAACACUUUUAGUCUUUCAAAUCAAGGAUUAUUUAGAAUACCUAAAUAGCUUUACUUCGUAGUUGAAAUGGAAAGUCUAAAAGAAUUAAACCCUGAAAGUAUUACUAGCAAUUUCCUUAUAUGUGCUGAAGAAGAAGUCUUUAAUAUUCAAGAAGAGUUUGAAAGCUGGAUUUCUUUAAAAAAAUCUUAAAAUAAGUUUUAUUACAAACUUUAAGGAUUGCUUUAGUGGCUCUUUACAUUUUUCUUUUAAGAGUCAAUGAAUUAUUUUUCUAAUUAAUUAGCAUAUAAAAAAGAUAUGAUUUUUAAGCUUUCUGACAAAGGUUUUCUAAAAAAUUUCUUAAAUUAUUUAGAUAUAUUCCUUAACGAGUUUAGAAAGUAUGAAAUAUCAUGUGGAGAACUAGAUUGGAACGAAGCUUAAGAAUCAUAGUAAAUGUAAACAAUUUAAAGCUAUACCUCUCCAUAACAGCAAACAAAUUAAGUUAAUAAUACCUCUUAAAGUAAUAAUGUAAUUUCACCUACAAUAACUGAUAAAAACUUAAAUUUUGCUAAAACUGGAUUUUCUUAAGCUGUUGUAGCUUAAAACGUACCGAAGCUUAAUUUAAGAAGACUAAAAAAAAGGUAAGAUUCAGUAAUAUAGACAUAAUCAAUAUAAUCUGAAGAUGAAGAUGAAUCCAUAAAGAGACUAAAAUAAAAUAAUAAUGAGUAAAGAGUUUGUGUAACUGUUGAAGCUAUAUUUAUCUUUAAUUUAAUAUGGGGUAUUGGAAUUUCUUUGAGAGAUGAAGUCAAACCAAAAUUUGAAAGUUUUCUAUAAGACCAAAGCUAGUUAUAUCUAAAAUAUAGAAUGGAAAUUACACAAAUAAAAUCAAACUCUAGCACUUAUCCUUUUGCUCAGAAUGUGUGGAGCUAUCUUUAAUACUAGAAAAAGCAUAAUAGCAAAUUUUCUAUAUUUGAUAUGUACUACGACAUAACCAAAAACAAAUGGUAAUCUUGGAAAUCAUUUUAAAUGGAUGAAUCAUCUUUGAUUAGCUGCGAUUUCUAUUCUAAUUAUCUUGAAGCAUCAGAAAUUAUUAGAUUAAACCCAGCUGCUAUUGAUGUUAUACAAAAUAAGUUAGAUACAGAUUUACCUAACUACUAUAUUCCUGAUUAAACUAUUUAUAUUGAGACAAAAUCUUCAAAAAUAGCCAAUUUCUUCACAACAUUUGCCUUAGCUUAUGAAAAACCAUUUGUUUUAAGUGGAUAAACACAAAAUGGGGUUAGUUCAUAUACCAAAUGGAAGAUGAAAGCAAUGAUAGAAAAACAAUCUAUUUAAGGGAUUUACAUAUGUUUGUCAAAAAAGACUUAAGUGCAACACUUUCAGAAAAAAGUAGAAACUAAUCUUAUUGAAAAGACUCACAACACUCUAAUGCCAACUAAUAAUAACAAAGCUGUUGUAUUUAUUGAUGACCUGAACCUUUGUACAAGCGGACCUUCAACUUUAGGAGCUCUCAGAUAUUUCUAGGAACACGGAGGAUGGUUUUCAAACUCAUAAAAUAGGUAUUUUAAAUUAGACAGAGUAACAUUUUGUUGUAUGCACUCCCAUUCUUCAAAUAUAAAAUCAAAUAUUUUUCAAUCUAUUCCUGCAACUUAUUUGUCAAAGCAAAUGGUAGUUGUCAUCCCUAAAUAUAGUGAAUAAGAAUUAAUUACAAUAUUUUCUACUCACAGUGGAAUUAUAACCUCUUCUAACCUAAACCCUUAGUUAGUGAAUAUCUUAAAAACUUUUUAUGGGGUUAUAGCUGUAAGUUUGCUAAAUAACUAUUUGGAAAUAAAAAGUAUAGAAAACUAAUUUGGAGCUAACUUAAGCCUUAAAAAGGGAUUAGAGAUAGUAAAGAAUCUAAACUUUUUUGAGUUUUUAACAGAGAAUAAAAAAAAUAUUAAUCCCUAAUUGCUUUACAGAUCUUUAGUUUUCCUUAUUAACCAAUACUUUUCUAGUGAGUUUAUACAUAAUUUAUCAACAUUUAAAGACAGAUUGAAAGCUGCUGAAUAUUUCAAAAGAUAAAAGUUGCAAUCACAGCUUGAGCUUUCAUACUCCUCAGAUGAGUCUAAUAAAAUUUACAAUGCAUAAUUAGACAUUUAAAAUAUAAAAACAUUUGUAAAUUUUGCUGAUAACAAAACAAAAAAAGAAGAAACUUAAGAAGACUAUGGUGAUGAAGAAUAGCAUUUUGAGAUUUAAAAAAUUAAGGAAGGUUUGAUUUCAAACUAUAAUGAGAUCUAAAAGCUACGAAUAGAAUUUGAAGAGAGAAAGCCUGUGACAUUCGAAUAACACAUCAUGAAUUUCUUUGAAGAUGUAGAAAAAUAAAUCGAAAUAGCUAACAAGCAAAAAAUAAAUUAAUAAAAACUUGAAACCUCAUCAUUAAAAGUUGAUUGUCAACCUAUUAAUUAACUAAUGAAAAUAUCAUUAAAAAUUAAUGAUAUUUAGGAAAAUUAAUAUCAUAUUAUUACAAAUGGUAGUUUAAAUAAUGAGGCAACUUAAGCUUAUGGCUAAGAUGAAGAAAAAACAAAUUUAAAUAAUACAAAUUAUUUGAAUAUACCUUUAAAGAAUAUGUAAAAUAACUUGAAAUCAGAAUAAAAAUUAUAAGGAAGUGAAUUUAAAAUUUAAGAGCAGAAUAAUACAAACUUAAAUACAUAAGUUUUAAAGAAAGCGAUAAGUAGCACAUCUAUAUAUUCUCUAGCUUAACAGAAUAAGUUAGAAUCAGUAGGAAAUUGGACACCUAAUCAAACAAGCAGAUAAGUAAAUUAAACCUAACUUGAAGAAUUUUAAAAAUAGCUUGAUGAAUUAAACAGUCUAUCUGAAAGAGAAUAAUAAAAUGCUUAAGAAGAUAUAUUAACAGCUCAUGUACUACAGAAAGUAAGUGAAAUGACAUUUAUGUUUGAUGAUCUUAAUACAAUACCUGAUUAAUUUAUAGUUGAACUAACGAAAUGUAUUUAAGAAGAUAUUUAAAUAGAUCAAGAAUCAUCAUUUAAUAUGCUCAACCACCGUAAUGAUAUUCUUUUUUUUAAUAAUGAGCUGAUGCAAACUAAUUAGAAUUAUAAUAGCUCUAAUAAAAGAGAUUAAGGUAUUCCUUCAUCAGUACCUUAAAAAUUGAAACAAAAUAGAAUGAGUAUAUAUUCAAAUAUAUUUAGUUCGAAGAUAGAAAAUUAGAAAUAAGGAAACACGAAUAAAAUUUAUUUUAAUUUUGAUGUUACAGGAAAAGAUGAUUAGAAUUCAUCUCAGCAAAUUUAAAUUCCUUUCUCUGAAUAAUUAUUGGAAGACGAUGAUGUAAAGCAGUUUUGCUUUGUAACGAAGAAAAAAGAAAUAGAUAUUUUUAAUCACAUAUUAGAAUUAUUUAAGCUUUAUAGCGAAAAAAAAGAAAAUAGGUUCCUGAUGGAUGAUUUUUUACUGCGUGAGAGCAAUUUGGAAUGUUUAUUUUAUCAUACUGUCAAAAUGCUUCAUCUAUUUUAGAUUUCUUCUUAUCACAUAUUUUUGAAUAGCUUACUUAGAAAAUAGAGUGCAUAAAGCAUAAUUCAUUUUAUUGGCUACAUACUGAGCUAUCAGUUUUUCUCAUUAGACCUUUAUCAAGUAUAAUAAAACAUCACUGUAGAGAACAAAAAUCAAAAUAAGAGUAAAAAAGAAAAGGAGAUGAAAUAAUAAAGCCAAAAAGAUGAGUAAUCCUCAGACUUAAAUACUUAAGAUUUAAAAGAAAUAUUUUUAAAUAAAUUAUAUGAAGUCAUGUAAAAUUUAUUUUAAGCUCCUCAGAAAGACUAAGAUCAAAAUUCAUCAACUUAGUAAAUACCAUCACAACCGUAAACUCAAAGAGGAGUUAUUGUAAAUUAAGAAAGACCUUCUUUAUAACUUUAGAAUUAAUUCACUUAAUAAUACAGUCAAUCUAAUAUAUUAGAACUGCAAUAAGGAAAAAAUAGUCUUAUUGCACCUACUUUUGAAAUAGGCUUUUAGAACUAAAAUUCAAAUAUUUAAGGCUAAAAUUAGCAUUAUAAUUAAUAGAAUGAUGAGCCUAUUAUAUUUUUUAUCAAUAUCAGUUAAGAUACCUUAGCUCAUGAAGAAACCAUGAAAAGUGUUUAAGAAAUUCUAGAUAUUAUUCAUUCAAUCACUAAUGAGUGUGAAAUAUUAAGUAUACUUACUAAAUCUAAAGUUGACAAGUUAAUUUCUGAAAUUUGGAAAUUAGAUACUCAACAUGCUAAUCUGACUUAUCACCACCUUUAUAUUCUCAUAAGCAAAAAAAUGGCCAAAAGAAUUAAGUUUGUUUUAAACCAAGAACCAAAGGUAAAUAGACAGCACAUGUAUUAUAUACAUAAUUAAUCGCUAUUUAAAAACUUUACUAAAUAUACUCUGUACAAUAUAACUUAAGAAAAUAAUGAGAAUAGUAUUUCAUAAAAAUGCUUUACUUCACUUACUCAAGAGUUGGUUAAAUCUAAUAUCUCUAAAUUUAAAAACUCUAUUAUAUCCUAUACUUAUCCAUUUGAAUCCCAAGUAUCUUAAGUAUAUGAAGAACAAUUUUUCUAGAAUAUACACAGAACAUAUGAAGAAACAUGUUCCCUUUUUUUCCUACUUUAUAAUAUACUAAGUUCUCUUUUAAGAUAAAAAAUUAAGAAAGCAUAAGAAUCUGGUAGUUUUAGUACUUUAAUGCUAGUUAUGCUCGAUAAGUAGAUGUAGUUCGAAGAAGAAAUUAAAAAUUUAGAAGAUUAGUAUGUUUAAAUUGUAGAAAAAAGAGAAAUAGCUGAGUCUACAAUAGCUAAGGCAACUGAUUAACAUAAAUAACUUCAAAAAUAAAUUGAAGAGUUUAUAAGUGAAGAAAAAAGAAUCCAAGAAUAAAUAGACAAAGUUAUCAAAAAUGAUCAAUAAGUGUUAAAAACUCUUAAUCUACUUGCAGGUCCUAUCAAAGAAUUAAACGAAAUGAAAUUAGAUAGAUAUAAAGAAUAAAUUGACUCAUAAAAAUUUAUAGCUCAUAAACCCUUAAAUUCAUACAUGGUUGUGUUCUUUAUAAUGUUUAAUAAAAUUUUACCUGAUGAACACAAAAUUGAGUUGAGCUAAAUCGAAAAUGACAUUGAAUCGACAAAAAAACAUGCACAACUUUUUAAUGCAAAUGAAAUUCAUAAUUAACACUUUUACAAACAAUCAUUUGCAAAUGUUAUUGACGACUACAAGGUUAUUAAAAAUAUAGUAACUAGUUUUAAUGAAAAAUUGUUUUCUUUAGAAUAGUUUAGUGUAAUGAGAUAGCUUGGAAAAUCGUAAGGCAGCUUGGAAAAUGCAUCGAAUGUUUAUCUUUCUAUAAAUUUAAAUUUGUUUUAGAGAGAAAUCCUCAAAUUUAUCGAACUUAACAUAGAACUUUGUAGAAGUUGGAUUGAAAGAAGCGAGAUUAAAUUAUCAAUCCCUGAACUUAAAGAAUAAUUAUAAUAAAUAAGAACAAAAAAAGUGGAUUUGGAGUAAAAAAUUAAAGAGCCUAUAAAAUUGCUUAAUGAAAUGCCUUCCAAGCUUUAAGAUUUAAAACUCAAAGAAGAAGAUCUCAAGGACCACCUUGCAAAAUAAACUGAUGGUAUUGAAAGGUUCAAAGUACAGUAUGAAGAAUUAAAGCAUUUAUUCUAAUAAAAGAUAUAUUACGAAAUGAAUAAAUUGACUGAUUAAGAUAUCUUUGAAUAAUUUUUACUUAAUUUAAGUCUUUAUGGAGUCUAUUGCAUGAAGUAUCCUUACUUUAUUUAGGAUAAAAUAAAAUCAACGUUUUAAAAUAACCACUCAACAAUCGACUUUUAAUUCAAUCAUAAAAAACUAUUUACCUAUUUAUAUGAUAAAACUUACUAUUUGCAUUCACUAAAAUUAGACAUUCCUUUGAAUUAGGAUAUAAUAGACACACUUGUUUUAUUAGAAUUUUUACAAGAAAAUGACUCAUUUUAUUAUCCUUUUGUGAUCGAUCCUAGCUAAGUUUUUAUGAAGUAUUUAAAGAAAAAGUAUGAUUAAAGAAUAAUUAUCGAGUCAUACACAUGUGAUCCUGAAACAUUAUAAAAUAUUGAAGAAGCGAUGAAAACAGGUCAAAUUUUAGUAAUUUAAGAUUUUGACUAAGAGUUAUUGAACACCAUGAUACCUAUCAUAGAAUGGAAAAAUAAAAGGAUGAAUAAACUAAUACUUUACUAUAUGAUGCACUAUAACUAAUACCAGUUUGAUGAAGAUCUUCAAAGUAUUUUCAUAAAUGAGUAAAGAGAUCCAAUAGUUUUUAAUGGUAAGCUAAUAAAUGUCCAUAAAUUGUUCAGGGUUUAUUUUGUAAAAGACAACUAACAAAUAGCAUUUUCUCAUACACUUUUCAGUAAGCUAUUUACGGUUAUGAUAGAUUUAGAAGAUGAAGAAAGAUGGAAAGUAGUAUUUACAGAUCUCUUGAUCACAAUAUUCCACAAAUAAGAGAAAGAUGAAAUAUUACAAAAAAAUAUUAAUUAAUUUAAAGAAAGAGAACUCAUAAUUGAUUAAUCUAUAUCAAGAAUAAUUGACAAGCUCAUGGAGACACAUACUUCAGAAGAUAAGAAUUUAAUUUAAACCUUAAAAAUUGAAAUCGAUUAGAUACAAACUCAAAUCAAAGAAAUGAUCGAAAUUGAUAAAAUCGAGUAGUCAUUAAGAACAGAACAUUAAUAAGACCCAAAUUAGUUUUAAGAAGAUGCCAUCUUAGAAGAAAAUAUCCCAAUUAUUAAAGAAUUAGACAGAUCAAAUGCAAGCUAAGAUAAAAAAAAGGGGAUAAGAAUAGGGUUGUAAAUAGACUAGCAUUCAUCGAGCAGUAUGAGUUCUAUAGAAUCUGAGCAUGAAAAGAAUUUACAAAUUUAAAUACCAGAGAAUGUAUUCAGAAAUCCAAGUACAAUAGCUAAAGAACAAGAUAAAACUCCUUACACUCCCGGAGGAACUCCUUCUCAUUCUUCAGUUGAACAAUACAACAAUAAGAGACUUUCAUUUAUUUUUAAUACUAAAAAAAUUAUCAACGAAAAAAAAUUAGAUGAGAGUAGUGAGAUACUACCUACAAAACGUAUUAUAGAUGUAAGAAUUAAAAAAUUUUACAACUACAUCGAUGAAUUAGCUUAGCUAGCAAAUAUUUAUAUUGAUAUACUUGAUUUCCUUUAUGGAAUAAGAUUAAAUUCAAUGAACCUAAAAAUAUCUGAUAUUUAUAGCUUUUCAGAUGCCUACUUUAUGAUGGUUAUAACAUAGGCCUCUUUACACAUUAAGGGAUAAGGUUUUUCUACUCAUGACAAAGGCUAUAAUAUUGAUUAAAAAUUUAAAUUUAAAUUUUGUGAAGAAGUCUACAAUAGAGUUGUUGGAGCCAUGUAAAGGGAGCAUUAACUUUUAUAUGGUGUUUAUUUAGCUGUUAUGUUUUUGAGGGGUGAAAACUAAUUUAAUGAAUUCGAAUGGAAGAUGAUUUCGAAUUGGGUGAUUCAAAGAAAAAGUAUUAAGGAUGCAUCAUUACAUGAUUUUAACAGCUCUGAAAUUGAAACUAAAUUCUUUGGAAUAGAGUCAUACUUGAACACAUUUUUCUAAUAUAAUAAAGAGUUACUAGCACCUCUUUAAAUUAGCAAUGCCAAAGACUAAUUUUCUAUAUUUUAUCACAAAGACUUUCUUAAUUCAGUAAAAUAGCUUGGAAAUAGAAAGGAGGCAAAUAAGUAAAAUAAAAAUUAAGACUUAGAAACAAUAAAUUAAAAAGCAGCUGCUAAUGAAGAUAAUUACGGAGGAGAAAAAUAAGAUAUGGAAUAAGUUAAUAAUAAAACUGUGCUUGAUCACACUAAAAUUACUAUCCAAAAAAGUAAAAUGAAUACUCCUUCAAAGUUUAGUGCAAAUGAAAAUUUUACACCAAGAAAUAAAUAGACAUUAUUUGGAUAACAAGUAAAAAAUGUUUUGUAAAAUGGUAAAGGCUCAGAUCAUUAGUCCUUCUAAAGUUUUGCUCUUCUAUCGAAGAAUUAAAUCAGCUCAAAGUCUGAGUUGGAUAGCUAAUCAUAAAUAGAUAAGCAUAUUGAAGGACUUUAAACUAAAUAAUUUACUCAUAUUCCUAGCAAAUUCUAAAAUUAAAGUAGUAAUGUUCACUAAGAUUCCUUUUAAAGCUAUGGCAAUAUAAAUAAAACAAAUCAACAAUAAUAAGGAUAUCAUGAUGAUAUGAUGAAAAUUUUGUAAGAAUAUCCUUUGAAAAAAUAAGAAUAAGUAGGCUAUUAAGCUUUUUAGUCUUUUAUAAAAAUAUUUUAACAUAUUUAAGAAAAAACAAAGCUAAAAUAUGCUCUUGAUAGUUUAACUGAUAUGCAUAAUGACUGGAUUAGCUUUAUCAACACUAGUUUGAGGAUACCAGAUUACGAUGAAAAUAAGCUUUAGUUUUUCCCAAAAAUACCUUAUAAUAUUCAUAAAAGAAUGGCUCCUAUUCAAUUACUGUUAGUAAUGAAGCAUUUUAGACCAGACGAAUUGAAAAGAUUCUUUGGAUUUUUUAUUAGAAAAGCAUUCAAAAAUGUUAUAAUAGAAAUUCCAAAAUCUCUAUUGAAUCCUCAUCUUAUAUAGGAAUGGUCAAAAAGACCAACUGUUUUCUUUUAUAAUAACCUCGAGAGAUCCAUAUUUGAAGUAUUAGAGCUCAAGGCAUAAAGAUUGAAAAUUGAUGGAGGUGUACAGAGAAUUCCUCUAGGCAUAAUACCAAUUGAACAAAUACUAUAUUAGCUUGAGGUUUCUUCAGGAGCAGGGUAGUGGCUUUUGUUUGAAAAUAUUGUUGGUUUGAGUGAAAAAGAACUUAGUAUGCUUUUAAAAAAAAUAGAUAAAGAAUUAGAAGCUAAAACUACAUAGAAAACAUUUAAAAUUUUCAUUAGCUAUCAGAUGAAAUUGGAUGACUCAAACAUUGGAUUAAAUAAUUAAAUAUUAGAGGAUUUUCUAGCAAAAUGCUGGAAAAUAUCAUUAAACGAAGCAAAAUCUUUAACAGAGUAAAUGGAACAUUUACACAUUAUGGAAUUAGAAGAGUAUAGAGCCUCUAAGGAAGUUGUAGAAAAGGUAGAGCUAGUUGAGGUAAAGCUAGAUCAUUAAACUAUGAUAGAAAGCACUUAGCUUCCUUUUAAAUCCAAAAUAAAAUGUCGCUUUCACGAGGCAAUAAAAUAUAAAAUGAAAAUAAUUUAAUAAGCUGACUUCUUAAACCUACACUCGUUCCUUGAUAAAACUUUCCUUGGGACAAAUUAUCCAAUCUACAAAAAUUUAAUAACUAAGUACACCAACAAAUAUAAAUUUGCUCUAAGAUUUAUACUCCUUUUACUUAAAACAAGAUACAAAGUAGAAAGGUAUUAAGAGCUAUGCUAUUUACCUUAUUAAGUAGUUCAAAUAACAGACUUCGAUAUAUAUAAUUUAGUAGAUGAUAUUUUUUUCUAUUUAGAGGCUUUCCCUAAUGAUGUCUAGCUAUUUUUAGAGAAGUUUAUUUGUUUUUUCUUUGAAUAAAAAAGUUAAUAUAAUUCGCUUAGCUGCUUUAGCAAAAAUACAAUAGUAAAUAAAAUGAAUCUUUAUGCUUUCUCUUCUUUGGAUUCUACUAUUAAAGUGAACUAUGACUAGUAUAUUUACGAAAUGUAUAACUUUAAUGAAGGCUACUUCCAUACUGUUGAGGAAGCUUAGUAUAAAAAAAUAGAAUCUAUGCCAAAAGAAGAUCCUAUUGAAAUAUUUGGUCUCAGUUUUAACGAUGAAGUCAUACUCAAUUACUCUCAUUCUCAUCGGUUCUUGAAAAGAGUAAACAAAAUAGAAAAGAAUUGGAAUCACGAUAAAUAUUCUUAAUUAUUGAGAUCUUUAGAUUAAUUUAUAAACGGACCAAGUUCAAACAUAGAAAAUUCAUUUGAUAAUAAUAAUUAAGCUAAGGACUUUUUCUUCAUGCACCUUUCAUACUUAUAGUAAUAGAGAGAAAAAGACUAUGAAUUAAUCACAUUCUUAGAAUCUUUACAAGAAGUGUUUUAGAUUGACUUCGACAUUAAUAAGCUUUUUUAGACUAUCUUCGUUUAGUCAUAAGACGAAUAUAAUUAAAAUUAAUUAUUGGAAAAGGGAAUAUUAAAUAUAAAAUUAAAUAAUGAAGAUAUAAUAAAACUUUCUCUAAAAAUGCCUGCUUUGGCUCACUAAAAUAGCAUUGCUUCAAGUACUCACUCCAUCAUGGCUGAAGGCAAUAUGACACCAGUAUCAAUAAGAAAUACUUUAAAUAUUGGCAAUUAAAAUUCAACUGUUAGAAGAAAAAGCAAUUUUAAUAUAGAAGCUAAUCUUGCUUAAAACGACCAAUAAAGCUAAGAGUAAAGUGAAAUAUAAAUUACCGAAACCCCACAGCAUGAAACUAACUUAUUAAAUAAAUCCUAAAGAUUAGAUAAUUUAAAACAAUAAAUUAAUGCAACAAACAAUUAGACACCUUUAAAAGAUUAUUUUUCCAAAAAUAACUCCCUUCAGAAAUAUUUUGGCAGAGUUACUUAGAUUGCAGCAAGAAUCCAUAAUAAUAAGCUGAAAGGGAAUUUCAAAAGAUUAGAUUCUGCUGCUUCUAUUGAUUCUUAGAUAUCAUCAAAAAAAUCUGCUAAUCUCUCUAAUUCUGUAGCUUAAAAUCAAAAUAGCAGAUACAUAAUGAAAUUUAAAGAUAUUUAUACAACAUGCCUAAUUAAUGAAUUAAUGACUCUAGAAAAUAUAUUUUUGACAAUCAGAUAGGAUAUCAGUAAUCUAAUAUAUUUAGUAAGAAAUGGUGAAUUCACACAAAUAAGUGGAGAGAAGUAUUAGAUUAUCAAAAAUAUUUUAAAUAACAAAUGUCCUGAGAAGUGGUGGAAGCUAGGAUUCCUCAUUUCAGAAUCAAAUCUUACUGAGUUUAUUAAGCAUAUUUUAAUUUACUACGAUUAUAUAAAAUCUCAAUUUUAGGACGAAAUGGAAAAUCCUCAAUUUUAAAUUUAAAUUAACAAACUGAUAAAUCCUUUUGGAUUAUUGACAAGUAUGAUGCACCAAUUCUGUCUUAAAAAUAAUGUACUAUUAGAUGAUGUAAAAAUUAAAAUGAAGCAAUGCUAGUUAAAUAGAGACCCUUAUAAAGAAUAAUUGGAUUUCUUUAUUAUUUCUGGGUUUUUUAUAAGGAGAGGCAAAUUUGGUAGUGAUUUAAUGCUAGUAGAUGAAGAAACAAGAUAAUUUGAGUAGCAACUGCCAUUAGUUUACAUAAAAGUAGAAUUAAAAGUUAGAAAUAAAGCAUAAGCAUAUAAAACGAAUUCUUAACCUUAAAUUCAAAGAAAAAGAAAUCUAGCUAUCGAGUUUACCUAGCAAAACAAUCAAAUAGAUUUAGAAAGCGACUAUUAUUUUUAACAAGAAAAUCCUAUUUAAUCUUUUCACUAUGAUAAAGACAAACUUAGUGAAAAUAAUAGCUUUAUUAAUUAAAGUCUAUUUAAAGGAACUUAGAAAAAACCUGAAACUCCAAGAAGCAUGCAAGCUUAUUCUAAAGCAAACUAAAUUAAAGAAAGUAUAGAUAUUCACAAUAAACUUACUUCUAAUUAAGGAAACCUUAAUAAUGCAUUUGCUUUAAGAGUUGCUAUGAGAGAUGAAAUUACAACAAAGAAAGAGAUUAAAGAAAUUAACUUAAAGGAAAACGAAACUAAUUAUCCUAAGGGAACUUAUGUUGUAAGAAUACCAGUAGUUAACCCAUCUGCUAACUCAAUAUUUACCUAAUUUCCCUUAGAAGUUUAUUUAUAUGUGCACUCUAAUAAACCGUAAGAAUACUGGGAGCAAAAAAGAACAUAAAUUUAUAUGCAAAAAAUUAAUUUGUGA